GAAGUGCAAGGUGCCGGUAAACCGGUCACAGAUGCUGGAUGAUAUUAACGAGUUGGAUAAAAUUCCGAAACAUCUUGCCGUCAUGUUUUGGGGAGACGUAAAAGAAGAAGAGAUGGUCAAAGCAGCGCAAUUAUGUUGUUGGGCUUGGUGCUAUGGAAUAAAAGUGUUGAGCAUAUAUGAGGCAGAAGGUGUGUACCUGGAUUUAUUCGAGGGAAAGGAAUUUGGAAGCGUACAAAA